UUAACCAAUAAGUUAUUAUUUGAUAAAUAGAUGGUACAUGUUGCAAAGUAAGAAAGAUAAAAAAAAUGAUAAAUAUAGAGGCCAGUUGGAACUUACAGUUUCCUUUAUUAUAAGUGAAACAUAUGCAACUAAUGAUUCUUCCAAUAUUUAUUCAAAAAGUAAAACUGCUACUAAAUUGAAACAAUUAAUGUCCCGUGCAGGCCAAAUAAAAUUACCUCAUCUUCCAAGGCGGAGUUUUUCGUUAAAAUCUGAUAGUUCGGAACUACCAAAACAGCUUCAACAAUUAAGAGAGAGACGUUUAAGUGAAAUACCUUCAAGAAAGUCUGUAUCUUCUGAAGAAGACAUAGAAGAAGAAACAGUGCCCUCUCUUACUCAUAGAAAGUAUGAUAUAUCAAGGUCUUCCUUAAAGGAGCAAGAGGUAAAUAUUAGCAAUAAAUUUUUUCAAAUUGAAUCGAAGAUUAAUGAUAGUUCUUCUUAACAAUAAUUUAAUUGGCAAGAAUUGAUAGUCAUUAUCUGUUGUUAUUCAAAAUCUAAUUUAAAA